UUGUCAGUACGUGGUGGGGCAGUCGUGCAGCGUGCACCAUGUUGUAUCACCUGUUGCUGCAGACAGUAAAGACACAACAGUCAGCAGGUGUAUCACCCGGUCAGCCUCACCUCCUGCAGUAUGACCUUCAUGGCGGUAAAGACGUGAAGAAGGCCGUCAACGACUUGUCACAGGCGGCGAGCGGAGGGUCGUUGUACGUCAUCGCUGAUGAAGUAGGGAGUAAGUACAGAAUCGACAACUUCCAGACUAUGUGCGAGUUGCUGCUGACUCGAGUUCCUCGUCUCCAUCUGUGGGCGGCAAGUUGUUACCAUAGAGACACGCCCGCCCGCUGGCAAGUAGAAUAUUUAACCAGACCCCUCCGCUUUCCUCCGGCCGUCGUCAGGGAAGUCGAGCGGGACGUGAGGAUCACUGGACAACGUGAUGUACUCCCGUACAGAGAGCGAGGUGUGCCCGACCACACAGACGGCCCGCCAGUCACACGACUGUAUCACCGAGGUCAGGGUCACUCAGGUGACAGGCCAGGUGACUGUGUGACGUGCGGUCGUGAGGUGGCCAGCUUCCUACACAGUCUCCGUGUUGGUGUUACAGGGACAACCACAACAACAUCUGCUACAUUGACCUCUACCAGUGGCGGCACAACACCACCCUGUCUACAGUGGAGAGACGUGCUGGUGUUGUACUGGUUUGACGUUAGUGAUCAGCCGGGUGUGGUCACAGGACUGCAAGAAGCGGGUAUCCCAGUGCGGGUGAUGAAGGAUGAUGACAUCGAGGACGUGGCCACGGCCCGCAGUGACGUGGUCUGGGUGGCGAGUGGACAUCGUGUUCGUGGUCUGGAGAGAAAAGUCGUCGUCUGUCUGGAGCACUUUGAUUACAGUUUAUUGAUAUCUCAGUGUUUGCUACCUGAAAACCUGAUCUCUCCCCGACUUGACCUCAUGUCCCGCUGUACGUCACAACUUGUGAUUGUCUCCCCUGACGACUAGCCGCUAGAAGGUGACUGACACUGACACUGACACAUCUGUCACCUGCUCCCGUCGUGUGUCUCUCUUUUACACCAACAAUUGUCUUUGAGUGUUUGUCCUCUUCUACACUCUGUCUACUACCAUUUCGUCACCUUAUGAUAUCAUAUCCCUGACUUCAUUACAGAUUUUUACAUCAUGAGGUCUGGGUCUAUGUUUACAAAACAACAAGUGUCAACAAGUUUGUCUGUUCUAGAGGUGUGUGUGUGUUAAUGUGUCAUCAUAUACUUGCGUGUGACAGUCUACCAGUGUGAUAUCUGUGUCACUGUGUCUAUAAGAGGUUGUACACGUGCUGUCAAAGGGCCUCAUCAGACUGUAAUGUCAGUGUCGUGCACUAAAGUGUUCAGUCUGAUAUUGUUUACUGCCAGUGGUAAACAAAGGGGACAGAACUCUGAGACUAAAUACAGACACGAGUGGUCCAUCAAAACCCGCUUGGUUUGAGUUAAGAGAUUUAUUGAUGUAAACACAACAAACACUAGCGGCUCACUUAUACAACACAUGUUACAAGUUUAACUGUUUGGCACAAACACAUUCACACGAUGUACAAAUGUUGUUUCAAAUCCUUUAAUAAA